UUUAAUAAUACAACGCACCACAACCAAUAAAUGGCAACCCCUUCACCAUCACCAGACGCCACACUCGCGUCCAAACCCACCCCAAACAUCCCCGCCGCAGACGCAGUCCUGCACAUCGAAAGCGCCACGUCCAUCGCGGCCCCCUGCCAAGAUGUCUGGGAUAUCCUAACUGAUACCUCCACCUGGCCCUCAUGGAAUACUUUCGUGCCCCGGGUCACGAUUCGCGAACAGCCGGGGUCCGAGUCUCAGUCAUAUGAAGAAGCUCUUUCGCCUAUUCUACGAAUCGGCACGAAAAUGACCUUUCAUGUCCAUAUGGAUCCUUCGUCUCCGGGUGAACGGGACGUGCCUCUGAUCGUGACUGAAUUUGAUCCUCCGACUGUUAGCCCCCCGAGGCCUGGUCGGAUAGUGUGGACUGGGGAUGUGACGGCUAAGUGGAGCAUUCCUGCAGGUCUUUUGACGGCGGAGAGGGUUCAUGAGGUGGAGGAGGUUGAGGUCCAGGAGGGUAGACGGGUGAAGCGUGUCACUGAGGUGCGGAACUGGGAGGCGCAGGUUGGGUACCUUGUGUAUGUGGUUCGGUGGAUGUAUGGGGCUCAGUUGGAAAAGAACUUUGAGACUUGGGUCCAGGAUUUGAAGGAGUACGUUGAGGAGAAGAAAACGGAAAAUUAGCUGGUGAUUUUGUCUUGAUACCCCCCAGUGUUGAUACCCCCCAGUAUUGAUAAUCGUUGGAUCAUUUCUCGGUUUUGUUGGAUUUUGUAACUUCUUAAAUUUAGCUAUCUCAGUGCCAAACGUAUCUAAGGAUUCU